GCCCAGAUCCCGGAGAGACCUGGGAGUGUGCGCACUGCCCCUUCCCUCGCGCGGCCCGGUGCCCUCGUUGUCCUGGCCGUGCUGGGCCGGACAUGCUGCCCGACUGCCUGUCGGCGGAGGGCGAGCGGCGCUGCCGACGGCUGCUGGCGGGGGCCACGGCCCGGCUCCGCGCUCGGCCCGCGGCGGCCGCCGUACUCGUGCCGCUGUGCUCGGUGCGCGGGGUUCCGGCGUUGCUCUACACGCUGCGGUCCAGCCGUCUGGCCGGGAGGCACAAGGGUGACGUCAGUUUCCCAGGUGGCAAGUGUGAUCCCACUGACCGGGAUGUGGUUCAGACAGCCCUGAGGGAGACUCGUGAGGAGCUGGGCCUUGUGGUGCCUGAGGAGCAUGUGUGGGGUGUCCUGCGGCCCUUGCAGGACCAGCCAAAGGCCUCUGUGGUGCCAGUGCUUGCUGGCGUGGGCCCGCUGGAUCUCCAGAGCCUCAGGCCCAACCCCGAGGAGGUGGAUGAAGUGUUUGCACUGCCCCUGGCCCACCUGCUGCAGGCGCAGAACCAGGGCUAUACCCACUUCUGCCAUGGUGGCCACUUCCGCUACACACUGCCCGUCUUCCUGCAUGGGCCACACCGUAUUUGGGGGCUCACAGCCGUCAUCACCGAGUUCGCCCUGCAGCUGCUGGCACCUGGCACCUACCAGCCUUGCCUGGCUGGCCCUGAGCUGCCCAAGGGCUGAAGGUCUGGCCCUGAUCAACCCCUGCCUUUGCCCUGUGGGGCCAGCUCCACUCCAGGACUGAAUAAAGAGACUUUACCACCUCCAUGGCAA